UAAACUUUUGUUUUGUUUUGAUGUGCGCGCGGAUGAAAGGAAAGCGUUUAAAAUGUUUUUAAACUGAAACUUUGAUAUCAUAAUCAUGUCGAGGAGAAGAAGCAGCUCGAGCAGCGGCAAAAGCAUCAGAUCCCGUCGCAGCAGCAGUGUAGGGUUUGAUGAAUUUGGCUUUGCACUCAGUAAAAAGAGAGACAAGAAACUUCAACACAGAUGUCACGAAUACAGCUAUCCUCAGCCAAAUCCGGUGAAAGUGAAGGAGUUGUGUGAAUUUCUCAGCUACUGGAAUGGAUCCAGUUUCAUUUGCAGAAAUCAGAUCGAGAGGUUUAUUCGUAUCGGCAUUCCUCCAGCUAUACGUGGACGAGUUUGGAAAUGUCUUCUAAACAUCGAUAGUCUCAGAGCAUCCUGCUCAUUUGAUUAUGAGGCAUGCCAGGCUGAAAUUCGUAAGCCACUGGUUGAUCUAGGUGUCAGUGAGUACAGUAUCAUCUCUACCAUAGACUCUCUGGUGGAUACGGAAAAUGAAAUCAGCAGCGGACACGCUUCAGGUCUUCCCAGCCCUGACCUGACUCUCUUCAAACAGAUCGCCCUCGAUCUACGGAGGUCAUUUCCAACCCAUCGUACUCUAAUGGGAGACCGUCCUGAAGCCAUUGAGGGUCAGGCCAAACUCUUCAGAGUUCUCACCGCACACGCCAGAUAUAAUCCUCAGAUCGGAUACGUCCAAGGGAUGUCCUACAUUGCUGCUGUGCUCCUGAUGAUCCUGUCUGAAGAAGAGGCUUUCUGGGCCAUGGUAGCUCUGCUAGAGAAGCCCAAGUAUCUGUCAGAGCUUUUUGACUCUUCGGUGAAAAAGAUUCAGCAUCAAGCUUUGGUUUUUCAUCAACUCCUGAAGCACAGAGCACCUCUACUCUUCCAGCAUUUGGAGACUCUUGGAGUGUCUUCUUUGCAUUUUAUCAUGCCGUGGUUCCUCACUCUCUUCACCUCUCUGCCAUGCUGGGACUCAGUGUUGGCUAUCUGGGAUCUUAUCAUGCUUCAUGGGCUGCAGGCUGUGUUUCGCACCGGUCUCACCAUCAUAACGCUCCUGGAGUCUCGCAUCAUGAACAUGACAGAGGAGGCCACGGUUCUUCCUGUUCUUCUGCGAGUGCCUGUAGACGUAUCCCAGUAUCGUGUCCUGAUCACAGCGCUCUGGAACACAGAGGUUCAGGAAUGGGAACUCAACUGCAUGAACCGUUUGGUCCUGGAUGAGAUGAGCGAAGGACUGAACACAGAGAAAGUGGAAAAAGAAAAUGUUCAAAGUGGUUCGACGUUUCUCCGCAAUGGGAAAAAAGAUGAAACACCCCCACAGGAAGUCGCCCGCAAGACCUCCAAGAAAGAGGCUUCAGGUGCUAAAAAUGUUUUCACGCGACUUCUGAAGGUGGCCCAGCACCUUUUGGAAACGGGGAAGAACGUUUCUGCCAAGUCUUCUCCUGCCAAGAAAAGCUCCACCCUCGCCCGUCUCCCCAAAACCAGACCAUCCACCUCCUUUCCUCACGCACAGGCUCGUACCAGGAGAAGCAGCAGUAGGCCUUCCCAGAGUUCCACUGUGGGCGGAGUCAGAAAGGAGCGACACCCUUCUCAAGAUUCAGAUGGAUGUGCCACUGAAGACAGCCCCAACUCUUCGAUAAUGCGGCUGAGGUCGGGUCCCGUUGGUAAAGUAGCUCGCCGAAGGAGUCUAGGUCAGUCGGCACGAGGAAGCUCCCACCUGGUCAAGAACCGCAGCGGUAGAUCUCUAAAACCACCAGCUGAAACAUGUGCGCAACCAGAAAACAACCGGAACAAUGAGGAUCGUCAAGAUGCUCAAACCAGGUGUACGUCUGCACAUUGUCCACCUCUGACUGAGAGAAGCUACAUCACAUGUCCCACGACAGCCAAUCAAGUGCGAGAAUCACAGUUAAUUUGAGACACCUCAUGACUCGCCAGAGAACAACGCGUACGUACCUCAAAACUGCUCAUUGAUCAAAACACUGUCAUCUUGGACUAUUAAGUCAGACCCUUCCCAGAUCUAUUCUGGAUGUAUUGUUUAACAUCGCUUUUGGCUGAAACAUAAUGACCACAUAAUGGUUACAUGCACUACAAACAACAGCAUUGAAUGUUGGUUUAAAAAUGUAGAAUUUUUUGUAUUUUAAUGUAGCGUUUAUAAUUUAAUAAAA